CACAGAGUCAACCCACUCUUCAUUCUCCAAGAAGCCACAACUGCAGCCGCUGGCCAAAGCAACAUGGCUCCAUCACUUCUUCCUAUAGCAGGAGGGAUUUUGUUACUUUUCUCCUUCUCAUCAGCUCAAAUCAGAGGAGAUAAUCUUGCAACAUGCACCACAAAUGAUGGCUUUGGACAGUACUGCCCUACUACAUGUGGAGUUGCUGAUUACCUGCUGAAGUAUUUACCAGGAGUGAAUGAUGAUUUGACUGAUAUGCAAAGACAACUGGAGACAAUUGCCAAUUUGACUCAAGGGGCAGACGAAACAAUUGUGUACAUGAAAGAUUCAGCUACAUCGGCUCUGAAGAGUUCCCAGCCCGACCCACAAUUCAAAAGAACCUCAAGCAUGCUGGAUGACGUACUUCGCUUUGAAAAGACCAUCAUUGGACAGGAACAGCAAAUAUUCGAACUUCAGAAUUUAAUCUCUUCCAAUGAAAGAAGAAUGGCAGACUUGAAACAGCUAUCCAUUCAGCUGCAGCAGAAAUGCAGCGAACCCUGCAAAGACACAGUUGAGAUCCAAACCACCACAGGAACAGACUGCCAGGAUAUUGCCAAUAAAGGUGGCACCACAAGUGGUCUUUACUAUGUGAAGCCUGCAAAAGAUAAAGAGCAAUUCUUGGUCUAUUGUGAGAUUGACAGUUCUGGUCGCGGAUUCACUGUAAUACAAAGGAGACGUGAUGGUAGUGUGGACUUCAAAAAGGACUGGAUCCAGUACAAGGAGGGCUUUGGUUAUCUCUCGCCUGACGACACCACAGAGUUCUGGCUUGGCAAUGAGAAGAUCCAUCAGCUGACCACUAGCUCAAACAUCCCAACGAUACUGAGGAUAGAGCUCGUUGACUGGGAGGGCAACAAAAAACAUGCUGACUACAAUAUGUUCAGACUUGGGCCAGAGAUCGACAUGUACCGCCUGACCUAUGGCUACUACUAUGGUGGUAAUGCAGGCGAUGCUUUCGAUGGUGUUGCCUUGGGAGACGACCCCAGUGACAAAUACUUCACAUCACACAAUGGCAUGCAGUUCAGCACUUUCGACAAGGACAAUGACAAAUUUGACGGCAACUGUGCUGAACAGGAUGGUUCUGGGUGGUGGAUGAACAGAUGUCAUGCAGCCCAUUUGAAUGGCAAAUACUACCAGGGUGGCAGGUACACAGAAAAGGAUGCAGGUGAAUUUGGGUAUGACAAUGGCAUCACUUGGCUCACAUGGCACGACCGCUGGUACUCCCUGAAAGAGACCACCAUGAAGAUCAUACCCCUCAGUCGCAUUGCAGAGAGCGGUGGACAGCAGACCGGUGUGAAACAGUUUGCUGGGCUUGGAGUUUAGAUAGUCGUGUUUUUGUCAGUAGACAUCAACAGUCCUGAAACCACUUUAGACUGAAUAAACAGCCUCCUAUUAUCACCUGUGAUGUUGGCAUACUUUGGAAAUCUGACCCAACAGAAUAAUAAUGUACACCUUUGCCAUUUACUGUUCUUUAAGCACAAAAUAAAUGUAUUUUCCUUUCUAACAUGUGGUGUUAUUACUUGAUAAAGGGGGUUUCCGGACCUAAUUUCUACUGGCCUGUUGAGCCAAAGUGGUCUCUUAAUGGAUUAAUAACAAACCUGCAAAACUUUUUUUUUUUUUACUAAAUACACUGUGUGGCCAGAAAUAAAAAACUGGAUAUAAAUGUA